GAGUGUUUCGGCACUGGCACAAUGGAGGUGGAUUUAAAGCAUGCUGGCACAGCUGCUUGGGCGAGGGACAUGGUGAAAAUAUCCGUAAAGACCCCAGCGAGCUGCUCUGCACUAGUGGAUUAUAUAAGAAAAUAUAAAUUACUAUCUAAAGGGAAUUAAUUACAGACACUAGAGAGUUGCAAUAUGCCAUAGUAGCAUCCAGUAUGUUGAAUCCAAAGAAGAAGAACCUGGAAUACUGUUGGUGGACUCCAAGUUCCAUAAUGCAAUUCGUGGUCGAUAAUGUUGGUCGAUUCGGCUACAGGCGGGAGAAGAUCAUACUGUUGAGAUAAUUUCAGCAUUGGAGCUCUGAGUCCGAUAUUGUCGCUGUCUGUGGUUUUAGACAGCCUGCCCAAUGCUCAAAAUGAGAAGAGCAACAGAAAAUCAAGGCAACAGUAGAACACUUUCAGAAUACUUUUCCCCAAAGAGUAAAGUGAAGGACCUCGCACUGCAGCAGCACUUCCUACCCCAGUUUACAUCUUUUCUCCAGGAGACUCCAAUGAAGCCCUCUCAGGUCCCUAACCGGCUUCCUCAACCACCACCCAGGAGAAUGUUGCCACUUCAAAGCUCUGAGCUGUGCCACCGGGACAGACUGGGUCCACCACGGCACCCUUCUCAUCCUUUGGGACCAGUCUAUUCAUCAGGGUUUGGUCCCGGCAGCCCAACUAACAUUGGUUACUCAGCGAAUAGGCCCCAUCCCAUGCCAAGGGGCAGACCGGGUCCUCUGCAGCACUCUGCUCAACCUCCAGGGUCUUUCUACCCACGGAUUGUUCCAGUCAGCUCAACUAACAGUGGCACUGCAGCUAAUAGGCCACAGCCAUUGCCUCCCAGAAUCUUUCACCCUGCAUCCCAUCAAUUCAUGAAGGAUUUAAGCAACCACUCCCAGUCCUCCCACAUCAGGAGAGAUCAAGGGAUCGAAUCCAAGGCCACUUUGUCUUACUCAGGAAGUAAAAAUGUAACGGUGCAAAGACAAGAAUCUAACAAGGCUCAAUCCAGCGACGUGAGGAGUACCAUACAUACUGUCCAGCUCCACAGGCCCCCUAUAACCCCAUCACUCAGCACCAGAGCAGCUCAAGAAGUUUGCCCGCUGCUCCUCUCAGACUCAGAGCACUGGAGUCCUGGUAACAACCAGUGGCCCCCGUGGGGCUACCAGCCUUCUUCAAGUAUCCAGUCUUCUGACAGGAGUAGUGGUUCCAGUUUACCCAUCAUGCACAGCCCUGUAGCCCCUUGCCAGGACCAUCAACAUAAACGAACACCUUCAAGUGAAAAGUUAAUUCCAGCAGUGGACUUGAAUUACUCAUCUCAGAAGAGGCACAGGGAGUUUGAGGACUGUGACGACAGUGCCAAGAAACUGUGUCUUCAGGGUGCAAACUCUGGCAAAGCACAGACACCAAAACCCACUGUUGGCAACUCGCUAAGCACUUCACUGAUGUCUCAGCCGUCAUCGAGGCAUUCUUCACUCUUGGAACUGUCACCCAAAACCACUGAUAGCCAUCUGUGCACAGAACCAGCAUCUGGCCAGUCAACAUGCGUGGAACUGUUAUCCACAUUUAAACCCACCCAGUCAUCCUGCGCAUCACUGUCACCCAAACCGUGUAUAAAGAGACGACCGUCAAUGGGGGCAAAGCAAGCCUAUUACACUCAGAAUCCUACUGUGAAGUUAAUAGAGUUAAGGUCACCUUCAAAGCCAGGUGAAGAACGUUUGAAGAAAAGAAGCAAGGAAAAUGAUAAAAGGGAUAAAUCAAGCUCUUUGUUACCCUCUGAAGUUCCCCAGAAGGACACUGGUAGCUUACCUCAGGAGGUGGAGGUGAGCAGAAAGUCAGACAGUAGCACUCCCAAACCAGCCUCAAAACCAAAUUCAGGUUCUCCGAGUUGUCGCACAGUAGAACGGAACAAAACUGCCCGCCCACGAAAAUCUGUUGCAAUCUCGAAUGAUAUAGAUGAGCUUUUCACCCCUGAUCCCAUGACCUAUGUAGUCAGCCCUUCACAUAAGACCGCAAAGCCCAAGAAAGAUGGGGGAACAAUCAAAUCCCCCACCCCAGAGAAUAGUUGUUCAUCCAGCAAUGUGACCAGCUCUACUACCCCAGUUACUGGAUCCCGGUGUCAUAAAACUCAAAACUUUACAGUAACCACUUCUCCUCAUGCAGUGGAUACCAAAGUCUCUUCUUCGUCAUCCGCACGUCACCAACAAAUGUCCUUGCCAACCGUAGCUUUAGAGUGGGUAAAACUUGAAAACUUAAGAUCCCAUUUCUCUAAAGACGGUCAGCUCAAAAACAGUCCCAUCACUUCUUCUUCAGGCAGGCAGCUUAAGGAUGAGAGUGUUAAAUCUCAUGAGAAGCACACAUCUCUUCUCCCCAACAAUGUGAGACCAGAUCAAACUUCUACAUCUCAUUGUUCUCAGUCUCCACUGCUGGAGAGGCAGGCAAGUGAAGGGAGUAGAAAGCAGGUGAAUGAAGAGGAUCCUAUAGAUGUGGAGCUGGACCUAGGCCUGAGCUUUGCAUUAGAUUUGGAUCUAACCCAGAGCUCCCAUAGCAGUGAGGAGGAGCAGCUGCUUUCCUUGCAGGAGAUGAUGGAGUGUGUUACCAAGCCUCCAGAUACACCGGAGAAGGGAGUCUUCUCAGAGCCUAGUACACCUGGACAUCACAGCUGCCAGUCAAUAACUCCAUUGCAAUCCACCACAAAGUCAGGCAUCUACAAGAACAACCUCGAUCAGAUGCUGAAGGAAAUUAAUACCAAUAAAAAAGCUAAAGAGAUUGAGACACAACUUCUAACUGCAUGUCAAGAGGACCUGUUGAGAAUAGCUGAAUAUGAGGAGGCUGAGGAGAACCGGGAGGAGGGCAUCUCCACUGAACAGCAGGAAUUCCUGCAGCGCUACUCGUUGAUGUCCAAUGCAAUCAGGGAAGUGCCUCCAGGAGAAGUAGUGUUCAACCUGGAGAAAUUUGGCCAGAUCUUCGACCAUGAUACACUGCAGCUCAGACAAUGCAUGGUCAAUCCACAGGGGAUAGCACAGAAAACGCUUCUUUGGUCCAGCCCUGCUCAACUGAGAUUGCAUGUAAAUAUCGGAUUGUUCCAGGAAGCUUAUGACAGUUGCUCACCCUGUCCAGCUCAGGUUACCCGUUUCCUAUUCAAGAUGAUGUCAGUCCAUAAUGAGAGGAUGGUAUCCGAAAAGAUACUACAGGCCCUCUGUGACAUCGCCUGCACUGCUGCUUAUCAGAUAGUGAAACAUGGAAGCCAGCAGUUUAAAGUGUGGGUGCCCACUCUGGCCGAUGUGGCGCUGGUCCUGAUGAAUAUGGGAGUUGCGUUUGUUACUCUCUUCCCUUUUGAGGAUCUGCAGCCUCCAUUCACAGAGGGAGAUUUGCUAGAGGACAUCUAUAUCAAAAGUGAGAGUCCCUCUAGUAACAAGGAGCAGAGCACUUUCCCUGAACACAACUGCAACAACAUCUUGAAGUACCUGUCUUACUGUAUGGGCCUCUGUCCACGGGCGUACAGCGACGAUGAGCUGCUGUUGCUGCUAACUGUGGUGGGAAGAUUGGGCCUGGACACACGGCUUAUCCUCCAGUCCAGUGUGGAACUGUACCCUCUGCAGUACAAAAUUGUCAACAACAUCAGGGACUGGGACACCAUGCUGCCCAGAAUCUGUCUGGCCCUUACUGAUCUGACAGAUGACCACCACAACAUGUGUCUGCUAGUUCAACUGCUGCCUGACAACACACGUGGAAAGCAACUGCGUCGACAUCUGAGCCUGUCUAUGAUCUCUAAACUGUUAGACGGAAAUUGUACUUACAGACCUACAGAAAAAGAGAUUCAGCUCUCUGAACUGAGGCUGUACCUAUCCCGUAUGCAACCCUCCACCCUUCUCCGAGGCAUGCUGACUUCCAGCAGGAGUCAGAAAGAUAAGGAAGAGGACAUGGCCACCCUAGAUCAACAGUCCUACUACCUCUGCUAUAGCCUUCUGACCUUGGCAAAUGAAGCUUCCAAUUUUCAGUUCUUCCCAGCUCAACAAAAGGAGCAACUGCUGUUUCUGUGCUCUGAGCUGGAAACUCAUGUUAAGUGUGACAUCAGAGAGAGUGAGAAAUGUCUUUACCGGAGCAAGGUAAAGGACCUAGUAGCCAGGAUCUACACCAAGUGGCAGAUGCUUCUUCAGAGGACCAGGCCUCUCCAUGGUAAGUUGUAUGAUUAUUGGCAGCCUCUGCCUGUGGAUACAUUGACAAGCAGCCAAGAAGAGCACAAGACGUACAACAAUGAUGAUGGAGAGGGGCCUGUGAUGGAGGAGGAUGAAGAAGAGGAAACAAGUGGAACUGAGGAGAAUGAGGUUGUAAUGAACGCAGAGGAAGAGGAGAAGGAAGAGGGAGACUAUACAAUGACUAACACAAACAAGACGGGGGACGACACGAAGCCAGAAGAAAUGGAGGGAGACGAUACGAUGAAUGACACAAACAGGACGGGGGACGACACGAAGCCAGAAGAAAUGGAGGGAGACAAUACGAUGGAUGUCACAAACAGGACAGGGGACGACACAAAGCCAGAAGAAAUGGAGGGAGACAAUACGAUGGAUGUCACAAACAGGACAGGGGACGACACAAAGCCAGAAGAAAUGGAGGGAGACAAUACGAUGGAUGUCACAAACAGGACGGGGGACGACACAAAGCCAGAAGAAAUGGAGGGAGACGAUAUGAUGAAUGACACAAAUGAAAUAGAGGAGGCGACAGAAUCGGUACAUGGGCAGUUGAACCAAGAGAUGCCAGAGGUGGAGCCUCAAGUGCAGUUUAAAGUGAUGGAUGAGCAAAUAGAGGCUGGAAACAUAGAACGUACUGAGGUGGAGACUGAGAAUCUGGUUAAGACACGAGAGACACUUCUCACCACAACCAGAUAGCAGCAUGUGAUUUAGUGUCAUAGAGAUGUUUGUUUUCAUGACUUUAAUAGCCAUCGCCUUAAUGUUAAGCUCAAUUUGCACUAUUUGCCUAUCCUCCUCCAUCCAUAACCCCCAAGUUUCAUUGAUAAUACAAAUGUUAAUUCUAUAUUUAUGAAUAAAACCAUUUUUGAAGAGAUAUCACAGUUUUUCUAGGGCUGAGGCCU